AUGAUGCAAGCACAUCACAGUUGUCAACAUCGCCAAUAUGCCGUUCGUAACCCAGGAGACGUGCUAGUCGGAGGAUUUAAUUUUGGAACCGGCUCAUCACGAGAGCACGCUGCCGCCUCCAUCCUCGCCAAGAAGAUCCCGCUCGUCGUCUCCGGCUCUUUCGGCAACAUUUUCGGCCGCAACAGCAUCAACAACGCGCUCCUCACCGUUGAAGUGCCUCGCCUUAUCCAGCGUCCUCGCGAGCGCUUCCCCAAGGGUGACGGUGCCGACACUCAGCUCACGCGACGUACGGGAUGGAAGUUCCUGUGGGACGUACGCAGGAGCAAGGUCGUCGUCACCGAGGACAGCGGAGAGACGCGGAGCCAGAAGGUGGGCGAACUGCCGCCAAAUGUACAAGAAAUAAUUAGCAGGGGAGGUUUGGAGGCCGGGAUCAAGGGAGAGGUUGCAAAGUGA